CAAAAGAAAACAUACCUUCAUCAUUCUGUUCCUUCCCACUUUCUUUCUAUCCUUUACCUUCUUUCCAGGUAAGCACAACUCAUUGCAUCAAUCCCACUUCCUAUUUUCCUCUCAAUUCUCACUAACACCCCAAUACUAAUUCAUAAUUCUAAAAUCUCGCCACUUCUUCCAUUUCACAUACAUUCAAAUUGAUUAAUAAACUAUAAUUUUGAUUUUUUUUGGUAUUUAAUAAUGUUGCUUCGAUCCUACUUUUCAAAUCCAAAUAUAUUUGUUGAUUGAAAUUUGCGUGCUUUGAUGGUGGAUGAGGAAAGGAGUAAAAGUCAAUCAAUGGCUUUUUCACGAAUCUCUUUGCCUAAAUAAUUUUUUUUCCUUUGUUUCAUGAUUUUCAACCCUCUCUCUCUCUCUAUGUAUACAUAAACCAUAAAGUAAGCAGAAGCUUUACUCUGUGUUGCUCCACUGAAUAGCCGGUUGGUCACCGGAGUUGGACGGAGGAGAGUUGCUGCAAAUGGAUGAGUCAUGGAGGAUGCGCAUGGGGUUAAUGCCGGGUCUCCCUCGACGGCGGUCCAUGGAGGAUAGGUCGUCUUCCCGUUCUAGGCGAUCCAUCUUCUCCGGCGGUGGCAGCGGAUGCGAAUCGGAAAACUUAGACCCGGAAGACUUCGCUGACGUCUUUGGAGGUCCACCGAGAAGCCUCCUGGCACACAAAUUCCCGAGGUCCAGUUCAUUCUACGAGGAGAUUUUCCGUCCGCCGGAAUUCCUUUCUCCGGCGAGUAAAGGUGGAAGAAACCUGCCGGUCUUCAGGAUCCCGACGAAGAACGAGGGAUUUUACAGCGAUAUCUUCGGGUCGGACGAUGACCGGAAAUCGAGAGAAAGAUCAGGAUCGCACUCAAAGGCAAAGUCGAACUCAUCCUCGGUACUGAGUUCGGAGGAGCUAAGCCCAGCCCGGCCAGCGAUCGGCGAUGACGUGGCAUUGUCCGUCUUUGCUUCGAAGCUCAGAUGGAACUCAUUCACCACGAUGCCUGAGGAACACUUGAAUAAAGAAGGGAGGCCAAUUUUUCCAAGUAACAGUCAACUAUUUGAAGUUCAAUAUCAGGAUCAUGAGUACAAGGACAACUUCAGAAGCUCCCAUUUAGGAUUCUCAAAGAGAGUCUCAUCCCCAGAAACCAUUAGCCUUGAAACCAAUUCAUAUCAGACUAUCAAAGUAUCCGUUGAUGACUGGGAGCUAAAUUCACCAUUUUCUGCUGUCUCUUCACUUUGUCAAGAAUCUGAGCUGGCAAAAUCUGCAGUUCAGCAUCACGUGCAUCCGGAACAAAUUAUAGAACAGGAUUUCGAUGAUGAUGAUGAUGAUGAAGUUAUGAGCUCUUAUGUCAUAGAGGUAAACCCUAGCCUGAAAGAGGAAGAUAGUGGAUCUACAGCCAUUGAUGAAGCAAUUGCAUGGGCCAAAGAGAAGUUCCAAACGCGAAGUUCUGAUGAAGAUUCAAACAUGAGAAAUAAUGGUGAUGAGCGAGGCGCUGGAACAAAAGGGGAUCAACCUGAUGCAAGUGAUUACCAUGAUGAAGCAACUGCAACAAUUCAAUCCCUGAAGAAGCCACAGGUGGAAACAGAGAAGUUGGACGGAGAUAUAAGAUCGUGGUCAUCAGGCAAGGAAACUGACAUCCGGCUACUUCUUUCAACAUUACAUUACAUUCUAUGGCCCGAGAGCGGCUGGUGCGCUAUUCCUCUCAUGAACCUGAUAGAAAGCUCACAGGUGAAGAAGGCUUAUCAAAAAGCAAGAUUAUGUCUCCACCCGGACAAACUUCAGCAGCGAGGAGCAACCCAGAAACACAAGUAUAUAGCAGAGAAGGCUUUCUCCAUUCUUCAGGAUGCAUGGGCUGCAUUCGUUUCUGAAGAUGUUUCUUUUUAACUAGAGGAUGACUCUUAGUUCCUGAGAAUAUCAAGUCGUACACGUAUAUGAGAAAGAAACAUUUUAUGAUUGAAGUGUUUGUUACGCGCAGAAAAUACACAUAAAAAAAAAUGAAGAUAGAAGCUCCUUUGUACAAAUAGUUGACAGGUUGAUCUACUGUUUUGUUUGGUUAUGAUUGUAUCAUAAGUUGUUUGAGGCUCUUGUAAGUAAUAUUUUGAAAGUAGUUAAGAAGGCAUUUGAUUGCUUUUUCACUCUUAGUGUUUGACUUGUAUAUCAUGACAUGGAAACAAGGAAUUAUUAAUUUAUUUACUUGUAUCCUUAAUUUUUUU